AUGCAAAAGGUGGCCAUCCGCAGCGUCGCUUCCAUUGACCGCUCGAGCUUGACGACUGCGUUUCCAGAUGGUGUCGCGGCGCCAGUGUGUCCUUUCGGGGCUGUGCUGCGGGGAGUGUUAAGGAUAUCGGGCACGUUCUCGACGGCUCGGCCGGUGUCGGUCUGGAGCCCGUGCUUUCACAACGCUACACGACACUGGAGCUGGGCGCAGGGUAUCCAGAGUGCCGGCCAGCCAGGGGCUGACCGGGUUGGCAUGAAUGUCGGGCUACCAAAGGCGCUCUAG